AUGGCAUGCACUGUCCCAACAUGUCAAGCCAUUUUCCAUGGAAAAUGUCUAAACGCAGACGAGAGUGAGUUUGAAGCACUGAGGGCAUUACGAAAAAAUUGGGAAUGCCCGAAAUGUGAAAAGGCACGGAAAAAUAUCCAACCGACAGACAAGUGUCUCAGCCCGCCAAGAUCGGCGCCACAACAACAAACUGUCGACAGCACGUCACAACUGUUACUUGCUGCCAUUAAAAAUUUAACAGAAGAGGUCAAGGGAUUAAAAUUCUCCCUCGAUGCCAAUGCUAACGAGAGCGGUGAAAUCGAUGAAGAAGUACAGGGGGAGGCCGAAGUGGCCCAGACGGCUGUACUAUAUGAAGGAGUAGAGGAUAAACGGUCUUUAUUGGCUGCCUUGAGUCCGAAUCCACUAAGGCCGCCUCAAUGUAGGACACCAGGAUUGUGA